UAAUUUCCAUAUUUGUUUGAAGCUGAAAGCCUAAAAUUUUUCCCGCUACCAUUAGGUCAUGUCUGUCUAAUUUUGAAGAUGUAGACGUUUCUUCAUAAUUCUGUUUAGUUUCCAGGCUUUCAGUAGCCUUAAUGACCUUCGACGCAGUGGUCAAUUGUGCGACAUUGUGCUUGUUGUGGAAGGCAGAAAAAUUAACGCGCAUAAGGUUGUUCUAGCCGCUUCAGUACCAUAUUUCCGUAUAAUGUUCACCACGGAUAUGUUGGAGGCAAAUCAGACUCAAGUUGUUCUUCAGGAUCUGGAUUUCGACACUCUUGAACAACUAGUGUCUUUCGCUUACAGUGGAGAGCUUCGAAUAUCUGCAGGAAAUGUACAGUCCAUAAUGAUUGGUGCAAAUUUUCUUCAGGUAAAUGAGUUCCUACGUUGUUUGGAUUUCUGCACUCUCCUUGAACUCGAUGGUGUUGCUGACAAAUGUGCGGAAUAUCUCCAAACACGGUUACAUCCAUCAAACGCUCUAGCUAUCCGAGCUUUUUGUUUGGCUCUUGGUUGUAAAUCUGUUGUCUUGGCUGCGGAUCGCUUUGUGCAAAAACAUUUUAUGUCAGUGAGCCGUAGCGAAGAAUUUCUUCAACUUUCUAUAGAGGAAGUGGUAGAUCUAUUGUCCAUGGACGAGCUGUACGUGGAAUCAGAAGAGGAGGUAUUUGAAGCAGCAUUACGUUGGAUUCAGCGUGAUGGUGAUAAGAGGAAGAAAUUUGCUUCUAGAAUCCUUGCCUGUGUACGCCUUCCUCUUCUGAAGCCAUCGUUCUUAGCUGAUGAAGUUGCUGGACAUCAGUUAAUCCGUGGAGACCUAGCUUGUAGGGAUCUUGUGGAUGAAGCAAAGGACUAUCAUUUAAUUCCUGAAAGACGACCGUAUUUACGUACAUUUCGAACAAAGGCUCGGUGUUGUAAUGACGUUCCUGGACUUAUGUUUGCAAUAGGUGGUCUUUCAACCGGUGGCGAUUCACUGUCAACUGUGGAAAUGUAUGAUCCAAUAACAGAACGGUGGUCACCCGUAAAAUCGAUGACAAGUUUCCGAUCGAGAGUGGGAAUCGCCGUACAUGAUCGCAAGAUCUACGCUAUCGGUGGAUUCAAUGGGCACGAUCGCCUAAAAAUAGUUGAAUCUUAUGACUACAAUAAAAACGAGUGGACACCGGUUGCUCCUUUAACAAAGAAGCGUUCAGCUCUUGCCGCUGCAUUUUACAACAAUAAGCUGUAUGUGUGUGGUGGUUAUGAUGGUAUUACAAGUCUUGCAACAGUGGAGGUUUACUGCCCGAAAAAGAACACAUGGGAACUUGGUGAGGCUAUGACAAAACAGCGAAGCGCAGCUGGAGUGGCAGUACUGGAUGGAUAUUUAUAUGUCAUGGGUGGUCACGAUGGAAUGUCGAUCUUUUCUUCGGUGGAGCGAUUUUCUGCUGAGAAAGGUCAGUGGGAGGCUGUACCACCAAUGCUAUCGAAGCGAUGUCGAUUAGGUGCAGCAACUUUGAACGGGAAAAUUUACGUAUGCGGAGGUUACGACGGUGCGCAGUUUCUGAAUAGUGUUGAGUGCUUUGAUCCGAAGACAAUGCAGUGGUCGCCAGUGACGCCAAUGAACAUUAAGCGCAGUAGGGUGUCAUUGGUAUCAAAUGCAAACUCAAUCUACGCGAUAGCCGGAUACGAUGGCAUGUCAAAUCUUUCGUCGAUGGAGGUGUACCGUGAAGAGACAGAUCAAUGGGAGCUGUCAACGCCGCUCGGAUCACAUGAAGGAGGAGUAGGUGUGGGUGUAAUACCGAUUCCGCCAAGCAUGCUAUCUGGUUGA